UUUCAGCAGAGGGCGCUUUACACAUUUUCAGGUUGAAUUCUAAGGUUUGAUCGUGUUGAAACUAGUAUUUAUUUAAUAUUUAUGUAUCAUAAAGUAUAUAUGAUUUUCUAAAUCAUAUAAUUGAAGAACUCUUUAGAACCAUGUUCUUAACAAAUGUGCUUUGGAAGAAAGCAAAGAGCAAAAACAUUUUAGUCAUCGUAGAAAGUGUUAUAAGUGGUCAUCAGAUGACACGUAUCCGCGAGAGAUUGGCUGACAAAUUAGAAUUUCUCUGCUUUGAUCCUUACAUCCAGAAGGAAGCGCUGUACAGAGAAAAGAAGAAAUUACGUAGCUUGUAAUUAUAUACAUAUUUUUUUUUUUUAAUUUCUAUCACUGGUGACAUGCAA